UUGCAGCUGGCAGGUUUCUCGACGGAGAGAGCCUCAUCCCAACCUUGCACCAAGUCCUCUCAAGUAUCGUAGACGUCCGUAGGUGUAUUUGCGCCUCGCAUCGGUACAGAAAGACGCAGUAGGGUCGUGAUUGCGGCGUUUAACCUCCGGGACAAGGAGGAGACGUGCAGGCAAGCGCAGGAUCGCCAAUCCACAGCAGCAGUAGCACGGCACAACAGCAGCGACAUCCCUGUAGCAGCCAUGGAUAGACGUAGCAACGGAGGCGGUGGGGAUUAUGGCUCUGGUGAUGGCGGAGGAGGAAGGGCGGGCGGUAAUCGCUGUGAUCGCCAGCACGACCAGCAGAGCGACGCCGGCGGAGGUGGAGGUCGAUGGCAGAACGACAUGUACGACAACACUUCCCAACAGCCGCGCCGGGGGAGCCACGGUGGAGGUGGAGGUGGAGGUGGCUAUCGGGAAAGAGGCGGUUACCAGCACGACCAGCGCGACCACAGGGGCGACGGGGGGAGGGGGCGGAGCUACGGUGGUGGAGGGGGUGAUCGCUAUGGCGGCGGCGGUGGGAGGCGGCGCAGCCGCCGGGGAUGCUAGGGAGGGGGGAGAGGGGGGCGGGGGUGUUGGCGGAGGCGGUGAGCGCUGGCAGAAGCACGCGCAGGCGCUAAGUGGGAGGAGCGGCGGCGGCGGUGGUGGUGGCUACAACGCGCAGCAGCGUCACGGCCAACAAAACCAGAGGCCCGAAGCCGGCGGUGAGAGAGAGCAGGGGCGAGUGUGUUCCAUUAAGGAGUCGUUCGGCUUCGUUCGCUGCAUGGACAGGCCCGGCGAUCUGUUCUUUCACCUCACCGAGGCCCCUCCCAACAUUAACGUCGGAGAUGAGGUCGACUUCUUCAUCGGAAUGGGUAACAGGAGCGGGAAGGACUGCGCCCUGAAGCUCAACCUUCUUCCUCCGGGAACCGUGUCAUCAGAAAUAAUCCUUGACGCCUCAUUUCUGGGAGUGAUCGAGAGGGACAUUCGCUCUCACCCUUCAUCCAUGCCGAGCACACACCGAGCAAAUAUGAUGGGGAGAUCCAGACCGCAGGAGUCCCAGCAAUCUGAGGGUCUCAUCAAGAUCACGGGCGCAGCCCCCCCCGAGGAUCCACCGGCCGCAAGUGAUACCACGGCGCCCCCGGAACGGGAGGUACAGCCGGCCGACGCAACGGAGGGAGGGGACGGUACCGACACAUCCUUUGAAACGGAAGCCGCCGUCGCAGGUGUCGACGAUGCCGCCGGCACCUCUGCUCCUGCCGCUACUCCGGAAACGGAAGAGGCUGUCGCCGUGCGAUCGACACAGCCGGCUCCGGCUGGCGAUGGCAAAGGCGACAGGGCGGCCCCGCUUGGGCUCCAGGGCGCGAUGGUCACCUACCUCGUCACGGACAGUUUGGAAGAAGACGCCGGCUCCAGGUUUAGACGUGGAGACGAGGUCCGCUUCAAGGUGAGCCAAGAGAAGGUGACCGGCAGGAAGCGGGCUGUGGAGCUGGUGCUGGUGCGAACAAACAGGGAGAAGCGGGAAGGAGAGCAGCUGCAGAAGCUAAUCGAAAGCGGGGCGACGAAGCAGCAGGGUGUCGUGAAGAAGUUGACCCACGACUACGGGUUCUUGCGGUCGCUCUCUUGCCCCGAGACUGUCUACUUCAACACGGCUCACGUCGUACAGAGCAGGGAGGGAGAACGCCUGAGGGUGGGAUCGCAGGCCGAGUUUUGGGUAGUACCGGACCGCACGAAAGACCGUCGGGAGAGCUUCCGAGCGCUGGAGAUCAAGGUCCUCCCUCCGGGAACCCUUACGCUGGAGGAGGAGACGCACAAGAGCGUUAGGGGCACCGUGGAGAGAGCACCCACCUUUCCGCACAGGCAGAGUUUCGGCGGAGGCAGAGAAGGCGGAGGAGGGGCUGGCGGUAUGCAGCCGGGGUCCGCUCGAUUCGUCAUCCCUGCCCCUGAUACCGCGGAGGAGGGAGAGGAGGCGUUGCCGGAAGGGGGCGAGGGGCCCGGCGCAGCUGCUGCGAAGGCGAUUUCUUUGGUGGCGUCCCUAAACCACAAAGAGCUUGGGAAGAGCCAGGUACCCACUCUGGAGGUGGGCGACAUCAUCGAAGCCGACUUAUGGAAGUCCAAGCUUGGGGGGGGCUCGACCCAGGUGAAGAACGUGACACUCGUGCGCUUUGGUGGUGAUCGUGUGGAGGGCGUGGUGAAGAACCUUCGGGACGGUGGUUUCGGGUUCAUCCGACCCCUCGGUGGUACCGAAGAUGUCUACUUCAGGAUUAGCGACACUUGCAAGAACUUGCCGGAGUUGAGGGAGGGGUCGGAGGUAAUUUUCACGCAGCACGAGUCGGAGAGGGGAGGGGAUAAGAAGCGGGCUACGCGAGUGGAGGUUUGUCCCAAGGGUACGCUUAAGGUGGAAGUCCCUUUGGCCACCGGCGUGAGCGGUGUGGUGACGCGCGACGCCAAGGGAGGCGGGCAGGGCAUGAUCACCAUCACGGACGGCAACAACCUCGAAAUGCCCGCACAAGUCAAGUUCCCGAAGAUUGCGGCUCAAGUAAGGGAGUUCGCUCAGAGCGAGGACAGGGAGCUUGUAUUCCCGAGCGGACUUUCGGCUAGAGAACGGAACGCCGCCCACAGCCUCGCUGCAGGGGAGGGGCUAGGCCACGAGAGCAGGGGGGACGAGGGCAAUCGGGCCUUGCACCUAUGGAAGCCGGAGAGCGAGGAGGAAGCGGUGUCCAUCAGAGAGGCCGAGAGCAAGAGGGCAGAACAACGAUCCAACGCCAUCAAAGAAAGAAGCAAGAACGGGGAGCGGUCGCAAUCCGUCCCCUUUUCCCGAGAAGAUACUGCCUCCGCCAAACCGGAUGACAACUUCCAAGACCAAGAAAAGGUCUCCAGCACCAACACGCAACAAGAGGCCGGAGGAGAGGGGGCACAGGGGAAUGUACCCCCCCAAAGGCCGUCCAAGUCUAAACUAACUCAAGACUUUCGGACGGAGAAGGGCUUUGCGGGGUAUGCCGCGGCCGCGCUGAGGGGGGACCUAGUUACCUUCGACGUCGUGCUCAACAGGGGGAACAUGAAGCGACGUGCGACCAACGUGAAGGUCACCAAACGAGCUUCGCCGCAGGGCAGCAACGCCAACAGCUCAGCGAACAGCGCCAGCGGUGGCGGCGGCGGCGGCGGGCAGCAGCAUGGCAACGGCCAGGACCAAGAGUAUAUGGGGGUGGUGUCCUUGGUGCAGCUGGAGAGGCACUACGGUUUCAUUGAGGUGCUGGACAUGGACGAGAGGGUAUUCUUCCACCUGUCUGAGGUGCUGCCUGACGACAGCAACAGCAACAACAUCGCCGCCACGCCUGCUGCUGGCGGUGGAGAUGGUGGCGGUAGUGCUCCCACCGACAAAGACAGCAGUGGCGAUGGUGUUGCUGAGAGCGCUACCGAGGUGGAGGGCACCCCCUCCACCGCUGCAGGCAACGGAAAUGCCAAGCCUACCCCGAUCAUCAAGAGAGGUCAAGAGGUGGCCUUCCGGAUAGGACAGAGGCAGGGCAAGCCGCUGGGCCUUCGCGUGCGCAAGCUCCGACAGGGGACGCUCCCUACAGAGGAGGCGUUGCCCUGCCGUUCCUUGGGCGUUGUGGUGGUGCCCCCCAGGAAUGUCGGAACCGUCGACAAGGAAAAGGACGCGAUGGCGAGUGCUGCUGGCAUGGAAGGAGUGCUGGUCAUGCUGCAGGAGAAAUCUGCCGCUCAGGCGUCUGACAACGCCGCUACAGCCGAGCUACCGCCAGCGCCACCAGCAGAGGUGACGCCUCUGGGCGAGGACGGUGCAGGGAUAGCGAUUGAAGAGUCGUCGGCACGGGAGGCCGAGAAAGAGGCCAGCAAGGCCCAGCGCAUGCUAUCCCUAGCCGGAAUCCGUGUCGCGUCCCCCCCUCAAGACGCCGUCGCCGCCGCCGCCGCCGCCUCUUCAUCUCUGUCGAGCUCUAUCGCUGAGCAAGCACCGUCCUCCUCCCUCCUGCUCAACCCGAACGGGGUUUCCUCCGGCAAGAGGCGUGCUAGUCGGGGUGGGGGGGGUGCAGCCCCGAAACCCCCUCCUCGUUUCUCCAUCCUCUGCUUCUUGGCCGACACCGAAGGGAAGGGUGUGGCGGCAGCAACAGCAGGAGGAAGACAUGGAGGAGGCGUUACCGCGACCGAGACCCCGGCGGCCGGAGCCGUUGGCAGUGCCGUCUCUUACGGAAGGGGAGACUUGGUGGAGUUUACCGUGGUGGCUAGAAGGGGCCAGCGGCACCAGAGCCAUCGCGUCGGCGAUGUGUCCCUCGUCACGAAGGCAGCGUACCCUUGCCGGAGGGGCAAGGUGCUUCAGGUAGACGCUAAGGCGGGGGUAGCGCAUGUGGCGCUACUGCAAGGUCAAUGCCAAGACGCAGACCAGGCAUCUACGGACAAGCCGAAGGAGGAAAAAGAAGUCGAUGCCACGGCCGAGGUCGCUACGACUGCAGACGAUGCAACAACACCUCCCGCAUCAAGUCCGGCUGACUCGAGCACGGCUGAGGGGGCCUCCAGUCGCGUCUUUUUCCUCCUUAAGGAGAUGGUCGGGGCUGCCGGCCCCCUGCGAAACGGCGACGAGGUGGACUUGGUGCUGCCGACACCUCUCCCACGCAUGGCGUCGCAGACCAAGGGCGGAAAACCGCCCGGUGGCGUCCACGCCGUCGGGGCUGUAAGGGACCUCAAGAGUCUAUCCGGGGCCCGGCAGCGGUUGAAUAUCAACCUCCGUGACUCCCAGAAGGGGCCGCAGGUGCGGAUGGCACUUGGUCCGGAUGGCAAUGGCUUCAAGCAGGGACACCGCGCCUCUCAGUCCCUGUACGAGAAAGCCGCUACUGUGCCUCCCUCGACCGACACCAUGAUGGUGAAGGAGGAAGCGGAACAGGAAAAGCAAGAGGUCAUCGCGACCGAGGCGGCCGAUGCGGCUGUUGAUGCAGCGGAAACGGUUAUCAAAGAGGAACAGCAAACGGGCGAAACGUAGAAACUAUGGUGUUGGAGGAGGGCGGGGGCAAGGAGGGAGGGAAAAAUAACCUCAAGUUUCCGAUGCCCGUGAUAUUCGUUUUCUUGGCGUUGUGGUUGUGUAGUGUUUUUGCCGUUUUCCCGCUCAGUGCGUGCUUACAGGAGGGGGCCAAAGGUGACAGGGAUUGGCCACGCAGUAAAUCCUAUGUGACGGUCUUGCACGCACAGCGAGGUUGAAUGUUAUUCGGAUGUUGUCCGAGUCUUACAAUUGUGUUCAAGCGUACUGGUUAGGUAGUGUGUUGCGGCGUGCGAGUUUAAUGACUCUACACAAAGAAGCCUGCAUGUCCUUGGACGACCAAAGUCAAACCAUGGACGAGAGCUUGUAGAGCUCCAGUGUUGAAUGAGCAAGAUUAGACUGUUGACUGGUAGGAUUAUUCGUCCCCCCUCUCUCUAAGUUGCAGAUCACGUGCGUGCGUGCGUGCAUGUCCGGUUCGACCUGAAGAUUAUGAAGUGUUCAUCCGUAUUCUUGCUGUUGGUGCCAAUCGCCAAAAGUAACCACUCUAUUCC